AAGUAAAAUAAUCUCUCUGUGCUGAACGUCAAUGUUUCUGUGGAAGUGGAUUAGUGGAUUUUAUUAAAAUCAAAAAUAAUUCGCUUAUUUCAUAGAGUAAAAUAAAUAGGUACAUUAAUUUGUAAACGCGAUGGGAAAGUCAUUCAAUUGAAAUUAUAAUUUGUGUUUUAAUUGUCAUUCGACCAUAGUCUUAUCAAAACGAAUAGUGUACGACGUUGAUGUGUAGAAAAUCGACGGAAUUUGUGUGCAAUAUGUGUGCAGUGUUUAUUACCUGUGACAUUUAAUAACAAAAGGAAAACAGUGUGAUAACAAUUUAUAAUCAAAUUCUCAGAAUGAGUACCACAGAUACGGUGAAUAUAACCGCUCAGCGGAUUUCUGAAAUUGUUCACGACGUGCUGAAGCCGCUGCAAGAGCCCAUAUUCCUGCAGACCCGCAGCGCGCAGGUCAUCGCGGGAAUAUUCGUGUUCACGGCUCUAUUCAUUACUUGCCAACAGAUAUACCAGCAUUUGCGUUGGUACACAAACCCAUCAGAGCAACGUUGGAUCGUGCGAAUCCUAUUUAUCGUCCCAAUAUACGGCUGUUACAGCUGGAUAUCUUUGCUCUUCUUCAAUGGAGACUCUUACUACGUUUACUUCUUCACCGUCAGGGAUUGUUAUGAAGCGUUCGUGAUCUAUAGCUUCUUGUCCCUGUGCUACGAGUACCUCGGGGGCGAAGGGAACAUAAUGUCGGAGUUGCGCGGGCGGCCGGUGCGCGCGUCCUGCGUCAACGGCACGUGUUGCCUGGCAGGAGCAACGUACACGAUCGGCUUCCUCCGUUUCUGCAAGCAGGCAACCCUACAGUUCUGCCUCAUAAAGCCGCUCUGCGCUUUCGUCAUCAUUUUCUUGCAGGCUUUCGGGCAUUACCACGACGGUGACUGGAGUCCCAACGGCGGCUACAUUUACAUAACGAUCAUCAAUAAUUUCUCCGUGAGCUUGGCACUCUACGGCCUGUUCCUCUUCCUCGGAGCCACCAGGGAGAUGCUGAAGCCUUUCGAUCCAGUUCUGAAGUUCUUCACCGUUAAAUCUGUCAUCUUCCUUUCGUUCUGGCAAGGCGUCGCCCUGGCCAUACUCGAGAAGGCGCAAGUGAUCUCCCCGAUACUGGACGCGAGCAACGUUCCCACGACGGCCGGUACUGUGUCGGCCGGCUACCAGAACUUCCUGAUCUGCAUCGAGAUGUGCGCCGCGGCGGUGGCGCUGCGGUACGCGUUCCCGGCCGCCGUGUACGUGCACUCGCACCGCGACCCGCACCGCUCCCUCACCAUGCAGUCGAUCUCCAGCAGCCUCAAGGAGACAAUGAAUCCCAAGGACAUAAUGACGGACGCCUUCCACAAUUUCCAUCCGCAGUACCAGCAGUACACCCAGUACAGCUCCGUAAUGCGCGGUCACACGGAAUCCGGUAAGCGUGGGGAGGAAGGAGCGGCUCUGGCUCCUCGCCCGCCGCCCCAGCGCGUCGCUACCAUCUGCCACGCCACCAAUUACCACGAGAAGACUACGCUGCUCAGCUCCGAUGACGAAUUUCAGUGAAUAAACGAAGAUAAGUCCCAUGUUAAACUUGAGACUUAUAGAUCACCCAAUUCUAUGCAAAAGUUUAUUUUUUUUAAUUUAAAUAACAUUUUUAUUAGAUCUAAUAUAUAAAAUUCUCGUGUCACAGUUUUCGUUGCCAUACUCCUCCGAAACGGCUUGACCGAUUUUGAUGAAAUUUUUUGUGCUUAUCCGGUAUCUAUGAGAAUCGGCCAACAUCUAUUUUUCAUCCCCUAAAUGUUAGGGGUAGUCCACCCCUAAAUUUUAUUUUUUAUUUUUUAGACAAAAUUUUUAAUUUCUAUUUUUUUAUGAUACAGCAUACAAAAAUACAUACAACUCUAAAUUUGCACCCCUCUACGAUCAACCCUUAUUUUUUAUUUGCUAAUUAAAAACUAAAUUUUUUGCAAGAUUUUUGUUUUUAUUUUGUCAUGACUUAGAAUAAAAAAUUUCAUAUUGCUCUGAAAUUUUCACCCCUGUACGAUCAACCCCUAUUUUUUAUUUGUUAAUUAUAAAUUUUAAAUUUUUUGGUAAGAUUUUAUUUUUUAUUUUGUCACGAUUUAAAAUAAAAAAAUAUAUAUUACUCUCAAUUUUCACUCUUAUACGAUCAACCCCUAUUUUUCCAUCCCGAUUUUUAUUUUUUUUAUUCUAUGCACAGAUCCGCAAUAAGGUUGCAAGAUGGCAAUCAAAUAUUAUAACUGUAGUACGAUAAAUUCUUAUUCAGAGUUUAUAAUUUCAAGUUCCUUUAAUUAUGAUUUUUUUUAAAUUCAAUUUGAUCUCCUGCCCUCGCCGGUCGACUACUGAUCAACUAUCAAUCGAUCAGUUAUCCCCGCCAGGUGUCACCACUCAUCCAGCAAACAUCACGUAGUAGGGAUGAGGACGAAGCCGGUCUCCUGUCUUACUCACUAUACAUUUUUCAGCCAUGUUUCUUUGGUUUUAUUUGUGUAUCAAUAGUAUGUUAAAUAGGUCUGAGAAUCAGCUACUAUCUAUAUUUCAUACCUCUAAGUGAUAAGGGUUGUUCACCCCAAACAUAUUUUUUUUUUCGAUAAAGGUUUUUGGUUAUAAUGAGGUAUAGUCCCCGGCACGUAACUUGGCAAGAGUCGCUAGAUGCGCAGAAGUCGUUUUUUAGGUCUCUUUUGUUGUCAAGCGGGACGCGGGGAAAGACGAAGCACCGUUCCGAGCGCGCAUUGGUGAGUCAGUCGACCCUCACCUCCCGCACCGCGUCCACGUUCCGUUCGCUCCCGGUUACACAUGCGCCUACUAAAGUUGUAGGAACCCUUUGUUUAUAUUGAGUUUUUGUUACGAGUUGUUAUUAUUGUUUUAAAUUUAGUUUUUGUUACGAGUCUUAUUGUUUUAAAUUUGUUUGCAAUGGCAGGACCAAAUACCAAUGACCAUAAUUAUAGUCGAUUCAGUCAUUGAGCGUUUUAUUACUUACGCCAGUGACGACAGCGACUCUUCGUUAUGUUGACGAUGAGGAGCCAACUCCUUCCACCAGCUCAGGUGCUACCAUAAAUUUAAUCCAAGGGGUAGCACUAUUAGAAAAAGAUAGUGACGACGGCGACACAUAAUUUUUUAUAUUAAGUAUAUUUUGUUAAAUAAACUUUUUAACUUUUAAUUGUAUUUUAUUUAUAACACCUAAUACACUUCACGAAUUCCUCUCUUUUCUUUAUCUUUCUUCUAAGCACACAGGCUUAAAAAUAAAUUAUGGCAAAUAAAAAAUUUAAUAAAAUAAAAUAAACAUAUAUGCGGGUAAUAAAAGUGACCAUUUUUUUGUUGCAAUGUACACUAUGCGCGACCAUUAUCCCCACUACACCAAAACCUUGCCAACUUACGUGCCGCUUACUAUAUUAUGUGGUUGAAUGAGGUUUUUGAGAAUUUUAUAUUUUAGACUAGAAUUUCCCUAGAAAUCUUAUUUAAGGCAACACAACGUUUGCCGGGUCAGCUAGUCUUACUAUAACAUAUGGUUGUGGAACAGCCCUCUCUUUUCUGUGAAUUUUCUAAAUACGAAAUUAAAUAAAUAAAAGAUCUUUUGUUGGUUUUUUACAUGCAAAGUAAAAUACUAGAUCAACAAAAAAUAUAUUAUUUUUAAUAAACAUUCCUUUAAGGCAUUGUUUUAUGAAAAUUAAUUGUUCGUUUUUUUUUUCUUUUCUUGCCACUCAAAUGUAAUGUCUAUGGUAGACUUAUGAUUUGACUUAUUUAUUUUAAUGCCAAAUGUUUGACCAAAAUGUCCUUUGUACAUUUCUGUAAGGAAGUGGUAACAAAUGGUAUAAAAUAUUAUAUACUAAAACUUUUGCGUUAUAUGAAUAAAAUAAAUAAUAAAUAAACCAAAUAAUCAUAUUAUUAUACUAAAAAAUUUACUUUACUAACAUAGUUUUAAUAAGAGUACUAAUUUCUAAAAAAAUGUAUUUGCCCCUCUAUAAUUUCUAACUAGUUCAUUCAAUCACUUGUAAAAUUUAUAAAUUAGAUCAAAUGUAAUCUAAAGCUUAUUUUCACCAAAUCAGUACUAAACAGACUUUGAUAAUGACAUGUAAUGAGAUGGUUUUAUGCUUAAAGCUCAGCGUUACAAGACUUACAAUGGAAUAAAAUGUUGCAAACUUAAUGCAUAACUCCUAAUGGCAUAAAUGUUUUAUAUACAUAAAAAAAUAAUCUAAUACACAUUGUGUUUAGAACAUAGACAAGUUUUAGCAAGAAAUAAUAAUCUAUUUUGUUCUAUAAAGCUACUGAGACAUGCAAACCAAAUGCAUCCAUUCAGUGUCAGAUUAGCCAGUUUUAACGAAUAUGCACAUGAUUGUAUGAUGAUGACAAGUAUAUAAACAAUAAAAUUCUACUAAGGUUGGUUAGAUCAAUACCACAUGACGACUCUGGCGCAUGAAGAUAACUGUAAAAAAGUAAAUUAAUAAAUAACUCUAUUAAUUUGUGUUAAGGAUUGUAUAAUGUGUGUGUAGUUACCAAAUAUUUUGAGGUUUUUCUGUACAAUCCUGUUAUCAUUUUCAGUAAUCAUGCCAAAAAAUAAUCUAUUUUGUAUAAAUAUCUUGUUACCAAGAAAAUAUUGUAAUAACAUAAAACAGGCUAGAUUCCGCUUCGCCGUCCAGAUGAUGCCUAUUCCUCGAUUCUCAUAAAAUUAAUGUAAAAAGAUAACCAAGAUAGCUUGUUUUGAUCAAAAUGAAAAUUUUUGAAAAUAAGAAAUUUACAAUUAGGUAGAAUAUAAUAUAUUUUACUUCUCUUAAACAAAACAUAAUUUUUUUUAGAUGAUUUCUCUAAACUUGGUAAAUUGGUAAGUUGCUAACAUAAGGUAUUUGUUUAAGUGAUUUGGUGUGACUAAAAUGUUGAACAUCUUGUUUUAUUAGAUAUUCAGACUAUUUAGGUAAACUGUAAAUACAAAGAGUAUGUAUAAACCUUUAUUAAACUAUAAGAUGCUUUGUGGUCUCCUCUUUUCAGAAGCUAAAGUCUAAAAAACAAUGGUAAACCUUCUAUAUCAUACAGGAUUCUCCUGUAGGUAUUCAAAUUAAAUCCUACUAGGUUCUGUUAGAUUCCUGAAGCGUCUUAUAGAAAAGUUGUUGUAGUUCUACAGUAAUACCCGUGGAAGCUACGUAUUAUCGUCAAUAGAGAAAGUAAGUUUUAUGUACAAUUUUGUACAUUUUUCUUACAUCCAAAUGAUUAAUUGGAUUUUAAAGGUUUGUUCAUUUGAAAUCCAUAAUACAAAAUUGAUGUAUGCAUGAGGGUGCUAGGCUACGGAGUAACCGUGUGCUUAGUGAGAGUUUUUUAAGGUUCUCGAUAGCGCUCUUGCCUAUGUUUGCCGCUAGGGGCGCUGUUCCAACUGUAUACAGAGUUAACUUUUACGCUAUCGAGAACGUUAAAAAACUCGCACUAAGCACACUCAUUAGAAUGUUGUAUUAUUACUUUUUACUGUCGGGGUAAUUAUUUGUUGGUCUGCUGUAACGGGUAAGACAUCCAUAAUAGUUUUUUAGGGUGAUGCAAUUGCAUACGUAAUACAAACGAUCUCUGCUGUGAAGGAAUAAUCAUUGAAAUAAAUGUGCGCCAUGAUGCUAUGAAACCGUCUAAUGUCAAAAAAAAAUGGGACUUUACCUUUUGUUGGACAGUGACAUUUACAAAAUGCGGCAAAAAAGUAAUAGUACUCAAAGGAUUCAAAGAUAAUCAGAUAAGUGUACUAGUAGUUGUGACUUAAAUGAAAAUUAAGUUCACAAAGUUAUUAAUCGCAUUAUCAGUUUUACUAAAUUUACAUUUGAAAUUAAAUGGCCAUACCAAUGCGAUUGCGAUUCUUCAAUGAUUUUUAUUAGUAAAAAUCGAUCUGAAAUGUUUAGCAGGUACAUUCCUUGCGAUGGUGUGACAUCAUGUUGGACUCUUUUAAAUAUGUAUCGAAUACCUUAAUUAUAAUUAAAUGAUAAGCAUAUUUUAUGAUUGUUUCUUAUCGACUAGUUUACCUAUUAUCGCUUCAUAAAAAAGUUAGAUUUUCUAUUGUAAUUAAUACGCGUAUUAAAUUUAAAAUCCUCGAGAACUAAAAUACAUUAACGAUUACGAUAUAAAACUUAUUUUAUGACCAAAAAUUUCAGAUUUUUAUUCCUUGGCCCUCAACAAUAAAAAGGUAACGUGUUGAACGGGCAAACGGUUCUGACACUUCGGUCCUUGGGAUCUUUUAAGUCAGCUGUCGGAUACAGAAAUCACAAUUAAGUAAAAUACCAUAAAAUUAAAUAAUUGUAAAAAAAAGUAGGUAAUCAAAUAUUUAAAUAAUAAAAAGUAUAAAAUAUGUAACAAUUUUUAAAACUAAAACGAUAAUGUGUCUAUAUUUAGGUGUUUUAGAGUAGUACUUACUUUAGAUGUCGAUACUGCAUAUAAGCACGUAUGUAGGUACAUUUUGUUUGUAUGAUUGGCACGGGUCUUCGCUUCUUUUUAGUUAUAACUCAUUAGUUCGAAUCGGAAUAGAUUGUACAUUGGCGUUCCUCAGAGAGCCGGUUAAUUGCACCUGGCUCAUAUAUCACGCCUUGUCCGUUGCUCUUGAUCCGAUUGGACAAGUGAACUUUUCUUUUUAUUAGAAUUUGUGACGUCAUUGUUGUUAUGAUAAGCAAAGUGGAGGGGAAGUGCUUUAAACGGUCCCAUUAUAUGAAAGAAAAAAAAGUAUUUUUGUAAAAGCUGAAGGGGCAUUUAACAUUAAACUUUUUGUCGAAAUCAUUAAAUUUCAAAGAAAGUAAUCAUAGAUAUUUUAAUACUUCAAACGUUUUAGCUCCCGUUUUAAGUAUGUGUAAAGAAAAUAAUAAAAAUGAAAUAAAAA